AUGACUUUGUCAUGGGAUACUUUAUUGCAUAGGAGUUCUCCUGGGAGGCUUCCGACGAAUGGUCUUGACCCGGUCGAGGAUGGCACAUAUAUGUCCUGGAAGGAAUUUCUGUACAUUGCAUUCUCCAUUGGUAUGGUGUUUGGACCCCACAUUGGCUAUGUAUUUCAGCUUCAUGAAAUGACUUUUACCAGGAAUGUGGAGGGAUACUCCCCACUGGUGUCGUUGAUCCUCCUAGUCAGCAACAGCAUCCGCAUAGUGUAUUUUUUUGGCCACCACUUUGCUUUGGCUCUCCUGUUUCAGGCCGUAUUUGCCAUCCUGGUGCACACUGCGCUCCUCAUUAUUGUGCUGCACAUGACACAUUCCGUCUCCAGGAACCCAGAGGGCCAGGACCCGAGAACGGAGGGGUUGGAGGAUGAGCCUGCCGAGAUAAUACUCUCUCCUGCUGCUGAUGUUGCGGUGGGGCCGCUGGAAAAUAGAGAAGGGCCCAUUCGGUGGGGGGAAGUCGUCACCACGGCGGUUUCCCCACGAUCCAUCCUGGCAAGAAUGGAUGCUCAGGCCUGUCGUCUUGAACAGGCGUUUCUCACUUAUUUUCCAGUGACCUUCAUCCGGCAAUAUGCCCUGUGGACAGCGGUGGUUAUUAUUGUGGCCAUUGUCUACUACGGAACAAUCGGAACUGUGUGGGCUGCGGCACCGGAGGUCAUUGGCUACUUGGCGUUGGGCAUUGAGGCAUUGCUUGUCCUUCCACAGAUACUGCGCAACGACCGACGGAAAUCAACGCAGGGGCUCACCAUAGCACUAGUGCUCACAUGGUUCGUGGGGGACAUAAUUAAGGUUUUUUACUUUAUCUUUGAUCACCAGCCGUUCCCGUUUAUUCUGUGUGGAUGCUUUCAGUUGUCCCUUGACCUCGUUGUUGUUGGGCAGAUCAUAUAUUUUCGCGUGCUGCAUAAGCAACUCCAUGUGGGUGAGGUCUCACCAACACAUUUGCCCCAGGUGGAGGUUGCAGAUUCACCACACGUACCGCGGAAUGUAGGGAGUACGUACGAGGUAACAAAAAACAGUGUACGUGCAUGA